UCACCAUGAGGAUAAAGAAAAAGUACACAACAGGAACAGCAGCAACCUACAUUUCAAGAAAGAAGGCUCUCAGAAAGCUUCAAUUAAGCCUCAAGGAUUUUGGAAGGCUUUGCAUUCUUAAAGGAAUUUACCCGAGAGAGCCGAAUCAUUUAAAGAAGGCAAAUAAAGGAGGAAGUACUGAACCUAAAAUUUAUUACCACAUUAGAGAUAUUAAAUUUCUUGCUCAGGAGCCGUUAAUCAACAAAUUUAGGGAAUAUAAGAUUUUUCUCAAAAAAGUCAAUCAUGCAAGAGCAAAGAAGGAAGAAUUGAAAGUUAAAAGUUUGUUUCGUCGAAAGCCUAAGUUUACUUAUGAUCAUAUUAUUAAAGAACGGUAUAUAUUUUUUAGAAAUUUUUUGGGAGAGGUGGUGGGUGUGGUUCCUAUUAGUGACUGGACUAGUAUGAGGGGGUCAUGA